AUGGAGUUGCCUUGGAUUGUUCUCUUCCUUUGGAUUGGGCCAACUGUGGGGCAGGGGCAGCAAAAGCAGCACCGACCACUCUGGAUACUGGAGGAUGGGCUGACCAAGCGGCAGCGACAGGAUCGACCGGAAGCGGACUAUGAAACCACCACGAGGAUGACUCCGCUGAUGAUCCGGCGGCAGGGAAGGGGACCAGCUGAGCAGCCGGGAGCCAUUACCUUCCUGGUUAGACAUGAAGAUCGGGAGGCAGCUCCUCCACCACCCCCACCACCUCCUCCUCCCCAGCGUCGCUUCAUGAUGCCCCACCACCGCCUGCAGCUGCCCCACCAGUACGUCCAGCAUCCUGGCAUCCAGAAGAGCAGGAGUCACCGUCGCGAAGGACGUCGUCAUCUGCCCGUUUUCGAUAAUGGUCCCGGCGAGAAUUCCCUUCAAUUGGGCAGCAGCAGCCGGGAUAACUAUCCCAUUUUCGUGUACAACGGCACCAGGGGCGAACUGAUAUUGAACACCAUGCUGAGCAGGCGGCGAUAUCCCAUGCAGGAACCCGUUCCCGGCCAGGUUCUCUAUCCCCCCUCGACGCCCAUGUUCCGGCCCAAGCCGAUUGUGGAGCGAUUCCGGAUGCCGGGACAACGGGAGAUGAUGAACUUGACUCUGAUACCCUUCUAUGCACACGAGGCUAUUGGUGAUCCGGCUGCAGCUACUCAGGAAGCCUCCACCACGACCACUACACCACCUCCGCCGCCCUAUGAAAGGAAGGAAGUGACCCAGUUGGGCAAGCGGAAGCGGAAGAAGGCCAAGCAAUACGAGGCCUUCCAUUCCCCCCAAGAAGUUAUGCAAUGGCAGACGGUUCUGCGACGAUCCACUGGUCACAAUCACCGGAAUUUUCCCAGUGAGGAAAUGGAAAUGGAAGUGGAGGAGGAAGAGGAGGAGAAUCAGGAUGAUCUAGACUGGCCAACGGAACCGGAAACGGUCGAAACUCUGGAGGAGCCAACAGAAACGUCCACCUCCUCCUCCUCCGCCAGCAGCCCCAGUGAGCCCUUCCAAAUCGUCUAUAUCGAUGAAAGUUUGGAGCGACCCGUCGUCGAAUCCCUGAGCACCACCACUGCACCACCGACUCUGCGACAGAGCUCGCGAUAUGCCCUCAAAAAAGAGUACUACGCCUUUCCGGUUUAUACGCUGGGCAAACUGCUCCAGCCGCAGGGCCAAACAUCCAUGAAACUGCGCGAGAAGAGCGAUCGAUCGGCGAGAAGUUCAGGAGAAAGGGAGCCCAGCACUUGGUUUAUACUGAAUUCACGUUACAAGGGACCGCAUCACCGUUCACUGGCAAUGGAUAAUCAGACCAAGUACUAUACCUCAAAAUACAUAGAGAAUGGCUUCAGACCCAGAAGAUAA